CUCCCCGUGGGACUCUCUGGGUCGAGGGUGGGUCUUCUGCUUCUCCCCCUUUUUGGUCUUCCGUGGGGGAGGACGGAAGAGACGAAGCCCGAGGGGGGCGGAUGGAUGGCUGGCUGGGGCUGCAGUCCGGACAAAGAUUUCCUGCCGAGAUCAAGGCUGCUCUUCGCCUGGCUUUGCUCACUUUCUCUUGUUUGACAUGCUGCCUUUCGGAGACAAGACGAGAGAGAUGGUCAAUGCAUGGUUUUCUGAGCGAGUUCAUACCAUUCCAGUGUGCAAAGAAGGGACCAAAACCCACAGUGAGACCUGUUCUUGCUCCACUCUCCAAACAACACGUUCAGAGAACACUAAUUCUACACCACCGGCCAGGAAGAUAUCUGCCUCUGAAUUUGACAGACCUCUUAGGCCUAUUGUUGUCAAGGAUUCCAUUGGGACAGUGAGUUUCCUCUCAGACUCUGAGAAGAAGGAGCAGAUGCCUCUCCAGUCUCGGACGCUUAGGACUGACGCAGGGGAUCAGUGCACAAGGUUGUUAGAACUGGUGAAGGAUAUUUCUAGUCACUUGGACGUCACAGCCCUUUGCCACAAAAUUUUCUUGCACAUCCAUGAACUCAUAGCUGCAGAUCGCUAUUCCCUCUUUCUUGUCUGUGAGGAUAGUUCCAAUGAGAAAUUUCUCGUCAGCAGGCUGUUUGAUGUUGCUGAAGGUACCACUUUAGAAGAAGCUUCCAACAAUUGCAUUCGUUUGGAAUGGAACAAAGGAAUUGUAGGCCAUGUUGCAGCUUUGGGCCAGCCUUUAAAUAUUAAGGAUGCCUAUGAGGAUCCCCGAUUCAAUGCAGAAGUGGACCAAAUAACAGGCUAUAAGACACAGAGUAUCCUUUGUAUGCCAAUCAAGAAUCACAGAGAAGAGGUAGUUGGUGUGGCACAAGCAAUCAAUAAGAAGUCUGGUGGAGGAGGAACAUUCACUGAACAAGAUGAGAAGGAUUUUUCUGCUUACUUGGCAUUUUGUGGGAUUGUUCUUCACAAUGCUCAGCUCUACGAGACAUCCUUGCUUGAAAACAGACGCAAUCAGGUGCUCCUUGAUCUUGCCAGUCUAAUUUUUGAAGAGCAGCAGUCUUUGGAGGUUAUUUUGAAGAAGAUAGCUGCUACGAUAAUCUCCUUCAUGCAGGUGCAACAGUGCACCAUUUUCAUAGUGGAUGAAGAUUGUUCUGAUUCAUAUUCUAGUGUCUUCCACAUGGAAUUUGAAGAAUUAGAAGAUUCCAAUGAGACACACAAAAGAGAUUAUGAUACAAACCAAAUUAAUUAUAUGUAUGCUCAAUAUGUCAAGAAUACCAUGGAGCCUCUUAACAUUCCAAAUAUUCGCCAAGACAAGAGAUUUCCUUGGACAAAUGAAAGUACAGACAGUACAAACCAGAAUAUUGAAAGUUUACUGUGCACACCAAUCAAGAAUGGAAAGAAGAAUAAAGUGAUAGGAGUAUGCCAACUCGCAAAUAAGAUGGAGGAAAAUUCAUGCAAAAUAAAAGCAUUCAACAGAAAUGAUGAGCAGUUCCUCGAAGCUUUUGUCAUCUUCUGUGGCUUGGGCAUCCAGAACACGCAGAUGUACGAAGCUGUGGAAAGAGCCAUGGCGAAGCAGAUGGUGACACUGGAGGUCCUUUCUUACCAUGCUUCAGCUGCUGAUGAAGAGGCGAGGGAACUUCAGGUAACAGCGGCUGCUGUUGUCCCGUCUGCUCAAUCUCUUGGGCUCACUGACUUUUAUUUCAGUGACUUUGAGCUCUCAGAUAUGGAGACUUCCCUAUGUACAAUCCGAAUGUUCACUGAUCUUAAUCUUGUGCAGAAUUUCCAGAUGAAACAUGAGGUUCUUUGCAGAUGGAUUUUAAGUGUGAGGAAAAAUUAUCGGAAAAAUGUUGCCUAUCACAACUGGAGGCAUGCAUUUAACACAGCCCAGUGCAUGUUCGCUGCUUUAAAGUCAGGGAAGAUUCAGAACAAGCUCACUGACACUGAGGUACUGUCUUUGCUGAUUGCAGCACUGAGCCAUGAUCUAGAUCAUAGAGGGGUGAACAAUUCUUACAUACAGAGGAGUGAACAUCCACUCGCACAGCUAUAUUGCCACUCGAUCAUGGAACAUCACCAUUUUGACCAGUGCCUGAUGAUCCUGAACACUCCAGGAAACCAAAUUCUUAGUGGUCUUUCCGUUGAAGAAUACAAGGCGACUGUGAAAAUGAUCAAACAGGCCAUUCUUGCCACAGACCUUGCACUGUACAUUAAGAGAAGAGGCGAGUUUUUUGACCUUCUGAGGAAGAAACAGUUUAACCUAGAAGACCCUUAUCAAAAAGAGCUAUUUCUGGCAAUGCUAAUGACUGCGUGUGACCUAUCAGCAAUAACCAAACCGUGGCCAGUUCAGCAACGGAUAGCUGAGCUUGUAGCUGCAGAAUUCUUUGAUCAAGGAGAUAAGGAGAGACAAGAACUCAACAUAGAGCCAACCGAUUUAAUGAAUCGUGAGAAGAAAAACAAAAUCCCCAGCAUGCAAGUUGGAUUCAUUGAUGCCAUCUGCUUACAGCUAUAUGAGGCACUGACACACAUAUCGGAAGCCUGCUAUCCUUUGCUGGAAGGCUGCAGAAAGAACAGGCAGAAGUGGCAAGCUUUAGCUGAGCAGCAGGAAAAUAACUUGAUCAAUGGGGAAAGCAAUCAGCCAAAGCGGAACUGAGAUAGCCCUUCAUUCAGUUUACAAAAAAAAGAGAAAAAAUAUUUAUAUAUAGUUAUUUGGGAAUACUUAGCGUUUUGCUAGACACUGUAUGAAAUAGGUGUAUAAUUUGCCACUGCUGUAUUUUAAAUAUGAGAGACAUAUAUUUUUGCACAGCAUUUGGAAGCGCAAUAUGAACGUUUUUAUGUAUACCAUUGUAUCAUAGUUGUAUAUUUUCAAUAUUUCUUUCAUAGAAGAGAGAACAAAUCUGCAGUUUGCAGGUCCAGUUUUAUAUGAUGGUAUGGAAAGGGAGAUUUUCCAGGACUGCUUUGGAAGCCUCUUGGCUCAGGAAGUUGUACAUAAUUUUUUUCGUUUUGAUUAAUGGCCAGUACCUUCAAGAUCAUCAUAUUUGGCACCUUUUUUUUUUGUUUGUUUGUGUUGACUGUAAAUUUUUUUAACAUGUGUGUACAUAUAAAUAAUGAAAGAACAGUGUUGCCUUUGGACAUUGAGAAGUAUGGAGACUGAUAUUCACUACAGAGACUGCUGGCUGUGAUAAAUCUAGCACCAAAUAAAGCCAAUGUUUUCAGAGGCAAACAUAGGAUUGCCAAGGAUUGCUGGUGCAAUGUUUUGAGGUAACAUACUAAAUUUGUGCCUUUAUCUGCUAGAAGGCAGUCAGACCAGAUGUUCAGGAGAAUACUGGUUUUUCCCUCCAACAAUGGGAUUCAAUUGGAAAUGUGUUACUCUGCCACGAUAUGCUCAUGCUUACCUCCCAUGACCAGUCACAAAACAAAGUACAUUGAAUGCAAGACCCAUAGGUAAAGACAACUAUGUGCUGUGACCAAAAGAUGUCUUCUGGGCCAUCUCUUCUAAAAACCUACUCAGCAUAUCAUCUAGUUUAACUCAAAGUGGUUCAACUGUAUGAACUUGAGCUGGCAAACUACUGAGAUCGAGAAGCAGAAGACUGAAUAAUAUGAUCGAGCAUCACAACUUAAAACUGCAGGUGACUAAGGAAAAAUAUUUCAGAUUCAAAGCUGAAGCAAAUGGGGAUCUGCUUUCAAUAGGAUUGUUCCUCAGCAGGCAAAGUUAUUGGCAUCCUGCCCAUGGAAACACAAAUGGAGAAGCAGAUGAUGGUAUUCAUGUGAAAAAAAAUAGGGCUUAUUCCAAAGCCUGGGAAAAUGCUCUGGAUAUCAUCAGACAGAAUUGAAUUAAGGAGAUCUGAGUUCAGAAAUAGCUGGGACUACUUAAAAACAACUGUUCGUAAUUGCAGAGUUUUUAUAUGUGAAUGUUGGAAAGAAGAAUGUUUUGAGGGUUUUCAUGAAACCAUUUAACUUGGAACCAUCAAAACCACAAAGUCUUAAAGCACUGAGCACAAAUGGAAACAGAAAAGAGCACUUCAGAGAGCCAUGACUUAAUAAAGAUAACUUUAAAUAAGCCAAAGAGCAGAGUUUCAAGAAAAGAAGAUAGACAAAAUAAAUCUCAAAAUACCAUGUCACUGCCUGAAGCCAUUAAUAUUGUCUCAUCAGAAACAAGGAUUUGUUUGGUAUGAUUUAUUUGUGAACUUGACUUUGAUUUCAUGUAGAUAUCUAAAAUAUGAUUUUGACCUGUGUAAUAUUUUAGGGCAAGAUAGUAUAGGGAGCAAGCACAUCUUGUAAAGUAUUUUACACUGAUUUGGGCUUAGUAUUGAAAAAGCUGCAUAAUUGUGUCUCUUUUGUGGUGUGAAGGUGAGAGUCUACAGCAAUGUUCAAAGUAGGUUCAAAGCUUUCCUUCAAAGAAAGUUUGUUUAUAGUUUGGUUAUAAAGCACAACCUCCUGAUCUGAUCCUCUCAUAGUGCUUUGUGUUUACAGCUUUAAAUCAAGGGUAGGCAGACAUGGCUUUCCAGAUCUUUUGCCAUCAGCCUUAACCUGUUUAACCAAUAUAUACAGAAUUAAAGGAGGCAACUGUCCAUUAUUUAGUGGAACUAAUAGACCUUUUAGAUAAUUACAUAUCUGUUGUCUUACCAGAUUACUAUUAAUUUGCUGACAUUUAAAUAAGGGAUAGGAAUCUUGCCUUCCAGAUGUUGAUGGACUACAAAUCCCAGCACCAUGAGCUGGAUACCCAAUGGUGAGGAAAUGUUGGAGAUUGCAAGCUAAUUGUAUCUGGAGAUCUGCAUUGUUUAUAGCCCUAUAAAUGAGGGCCACAGUUGCCUUUAAAGGCACAGAACACCAGAGAAGAUCAGGAGCUGUUGAUAACAGGCUUGGUAAUAAAAUUAGCCAGAAUCCUGUAUCAGCUACCUCUCUUGGCCCAAUCUCUCCUAAACCUGAUGGAAACUAGUCUGUGUUCCAGUUGCAAGCAGAAUAGAUCUCAUUCUUCAUAUGCAGCUGGUACAGUAGGAGAGGGCCGUUACAAGCAUGGCUAUAGUGUCACAAUGAUAAUGAAGUAGCAAUGACUAAGUAGCAGUUGGGAAGUCAAUCCAUAACUGUUUUGUAGUCAAGAUUGCUACUUAGUCUCAAUUGUGACAUUAUUUCAUCAUAAUUUCCCUCUUCUCUGCAGUCUUUUUUUACUGGACAUUGUGUGCAUGGAGGUAACUAUUUUAUUUGCAAUUGGAAGGUAGGCAAUUGAUUUUUCUCUUUUCUUGGAUACAGAAGUAGACUUAUUCUAUGAAAGCUUAUGAUACCAACUUCAUUCUCUCAGAUAGCCUCUAAGGUGCUACAAGUUCCUUUUGCUUUAGUUAUCUGUAGUUAUAAUUUGAAUCUCUGUUUCUGUUGCUAGUGGAGUUUUAUUGCCUGAAUUUUACAAUUCUUUUUUCUCCCAGUGUCCAUAUGACUAAAGAGAGGAGUGGCUUCUGCCUAUAUUGAUAGCCCUCCAGGCAUCUUAACUGGCAAAAAAAAAAAAUUCAACAUCUUGACAAAAUGACUCUAACAUAGUCUUCUCCAGUAUGAUUUUAACCCCUUGUCUGGUGAAGCUCCCAAAGCUGGCAUGGUGUAUUUUGUGCGUUUUUGGUUGGUCCAAUGAAGCUAUCAUUGUAUUUAGUUAAAUCUAUUUAUCUAAGUAGCUGAGACAGGAUUCUAGCAGUUAUCUUCACCCUGAUUUGAAAAAGCCUCCCUAAGACCACUUGCAUCUGUCCCAUUAAGUUUGCACUGUUGGCCUCAGAAUGGGAGUCUCCUUAAGAAUUGUGCCACUUUAGUUUUUAUCCUAUGACGUAUGCUCUUUAAUAAUAUUUUAUUCUGAUAUGGAGCAUGUGUGUGUGUAUUCGAUACAUAAGCCUAUGUGUACCAUAUAUGCCAUUUUGGGGGGUACUACAGGGAUUGGUAUUCCCUUCCUCUCUCUGCAGUGCCCGUAGACAUCUCAACUUACUGAACAACAUGUCAACAUGUCAGAAGCAUCUACCUUCAUACUCAUAGCUAGAUACAAAACGGCAUUAGCACUGAGAUCCAACAGGCUCACCUUCUCCAUAUUCAGGGACUUAAGGGCCAUCUUGUUUAUUCAGGGCAGAAAAAAAUUAUGUGAGCAGGCUUUCUCCAGAAUUUCCAUCCAGUCAUAUAUUGGGUAGUUGGUGUUUGAAAGCAUGCUGAAGCACUCCGUGCCUAUAGAAAGCUGGUAUGUUCAUAAGGAUAGAUUUAAAAAGCAACUACUUAAGGGUUUUUCAUAGUCCAGGGUGUUUUAUAUUUUAUGUGGCAGUGCUUUCAGUUGCCCAGUCUGCCACCUCCAGUUUCAGCCAGCAUACUGCAGAAAAUACUGUGUGCUAUUAUGUACAUUUGGAUUGUCUGUGAAGGAGAUUGAAAUAUUUUUCUAAGCAAGUUGACUCCCACCCCAUGAAUGCUAUUUCAAGCCCAAACCAUAGGCUCUGAAGGCAUCAGGCAGAAUGUAUAUCACUUGUUCAAUCUUUAAGCAGUUAUCUCCAAAGAACCAACAGUGUGAAGUUUGGCCAUUACAUAUACAGCAGCUAGACAAAACAAGGAACCAAAGGCUGGAUCUUUCACCCAUCAUCCUUUGGAGUAGUAUCUCCCAGAAUACUAUUAAGAUCUUGGCAUAAGCUACCAAAAAGACACAUUUUCAAAGUACUUCCAGUGUUGAUAUCUCCAAGCAGCUUAGAAAGGUAAAAGAUAUUCUGUAACUCUACCGGAGUAUAUCAGGGGGGAAAAACACAAAGAUAGGCAUGUCUUCAUGUCUAUAGGCUGAAAGAAAGAAACCUUUGUUUUUGUUGUGUAACACAAUAAUAAAAUUUAAAUAUAUUGUUUUAGUUAUUUGUCAUACACACCAAAUGUUGUAUAAACACAACCAUGAAAUCAAUAAAUUGCCACUAUGGAGCUACCCACUUAUCUAGGCCUGAAUUGCAUAACUACUUAAUAGCGAUUGUAGUUUCAUACUAGUCUGGUGUCAUCAUUUAAGUUUUAACUUGGGCAUGAAGUGUACAUCAAUAUAAAGCCAUGUUCACUGUAUGAAUCAGUUUACUCAGAAGGGCCUAUCAGAUCCUGUGAGCAACUCCUGGGGAGGACCUCUUCUGAGUUGUACUUGUGAGGAUGAUGAGACAGGAAAAAGGCCUCUUCCAAAGAGCUCAAAACUCACGCAGGUUCAAUAGGGGUGAAUACAGUCCUUUAGAUAACCUGGACCUGAAUCUUAAUGCACUGUACAGUAUAAAUUGCAGUAAAAGAAGACUAAAACACGUAGCAGUUCUACAUUCUUCUACUUCUGGAAGGCCAUUGUCCAUACCAUACAUAAGAGUUCAUCCCAUUCAUUAGGGUCUCCUGACUCCCUGUUUGGAGGUGCUUAGAGAAGAAAUGAGGAAAUUACUAGGUCCAGUUCCAUUACACUGGUUGUAGACCUCAAAAUUAGUUUCUGUGUCAAGAUCAGCUUUUUCAGUUAACAGAUUGGUUCUAAUCAGUGAAAGUAUGACAACGGAGCAUGAUUGCAAUAUUUCCCAGCUGUGAGUUUGUCCAUUAAAAGCCCCUCUUUGUCUCCCUUAUCACUGAGCAAUUAUUAUAGUUCCAUUUAUGCACAGCAUAUGAUUAAAAUGAAUAAUAAGGCUUGAGUUGUUAAUUACAGUUUGCUUCAUAUUGUUUGUCCCGGUGAUGAUAAAUCAAUAUAAUCUCUUCAGUUUUCAGCAUCCUGUGACAUUCUGAAGUUAAGUAGAUCUCCCCAUGCUGUUAACAGCUCAGUGAAGAAAAAAAAUGGCCAAAUUGCAAUAUGUAUUUUGUCUGAGUAGGGUAUUUGGUAUUGCUUUGAUGCUUCUCUUCAGCAGGAUAAUUAAAAAAAGACUUAGGUGAAAGCAUGCAUUAAUGUUCCAUGAUAUUUGAUCUGCACACAAUCCCCUAAAUUUUUAUAUAAUGGAUACCGUUUUCUUAUACCAUUGCACGUAAUGGGAUGUUAGCAUCCACAAAGGAUCUUGGAACCAAACAACAGCAGAUGCUAAGAACUCCAUAUUGAAGCUUUCUAAACACUUGUUGUGACACAUUCAUGUGCCAGCUGCCGUUCUUAAGUGUGUUGCACAAAUAUAAUGAGUAUGUGAAAUAAGCAAUAAAUAAAUAAGAAUCAUAUAUUUUAAAAUAUAUAAAUAAAAGGUUUUCACGAGG